GUCGAAUUGACCGCACACCGAGUGUGGCCACUCGCUUUGGGCAAUUGACUAACUACUUCCAAAAACCGAAGAAGCAUCAACCAUCAUCAUGGCCGCUCCGUUGUACAAAGAUGUUAGCAAGAAGGCCACGAAUGUCUUGAACGACGACUACGACUUCUCCCGCAAGUUGAAGAUCAAGACCAAGACUGCCAACGGCGUCACCUUCACCACCGAAGGCGCCAUGGCCGCCAACAAGAGCAUCCUCGCGAAGCUCGGCGCGUCGUUUGUCGUGCCCCAAAUCGGCGGCUUGACCGUCAGCAAGUUGCAAGUGACUACGCAAGGUCGCGUGAUUGUCGAAGCCGACAUUAACAACGCCCUUGUUGACAACUUGAAGGUCACUGCCAAGGUCGAAGACGGCAGCCGCAAGACCAACGCGUCGCAAGUGACUAAGUUGGGCUUGGAAUACAAGCAGCCCACGUACACGUUGACCAAGGAAUUCGACGUGACUGCCAACACGGCCUCCGUGUCGGCCUUGGCGGUUGUCAGCGGUGUGACCGUCGGCGCCCACGGUGCGUUCAACGUGAACAAGUCGGCCGUGUCCGACUACGGCGGAGCAUUGGCGUACAACGGCGGUGACUUCCAAGUGACUGUGGCCACGAAGAAGAGCUUGAAGACCAUCAACGCCAACUUCCACCACCAAUUCGACGCCAACACCAUCUACGCCGCGUCCAUCGACUACGACGUCCAAACCGCCGCCAACGCGCUGACCCUUGGCGGCCGCUAUGCCGUGGACAAGGACACGACGUAUUUGGGCAAGGUCAACUCGGACGGGUUCGUGUCGUUGGCUGUCGUGCAAAAGGUCACGCCAUUCCUGUCGUUGACCACCUCCGCCCACAUUGAUGCCAAGCACUUCGAAGGCGACUCGCACAAGUUUGGUUUGGGAUUGACCAUCGGUUAAGUUUAUAGACACACGUACCUGUUGUGUACCAUCCGUGCAUCCUUUCACUUAUUACGAUCUGGUGUUUGCAUACGAUCUGGACGAAUAACAACAACGAAG